CGAAUUCGGUUAAUUUACUUUUUAUUUUCCCCCUAACACGAGGAAAGUGGUACACCGUUUUUUAGACUUUCGGUGGACCAGAGAGCGCAAACUGCCUUUAAUGUGAAAUACUUGGCACCCUCAGUGGUGAACAGGAGGACAUCGGGGCGGGACGGCGGGCAUGGACAUGUUUCGCGCUGCCAGAACUGAGGUGCCCCCCGGCCGCAACUCGGGGCGAGGGGGCUGCGGGUGCUGCGGGGCGGGCAGGUGGGCGGGGAGCGCUCACGGCUGCCCCCAGGGGCACAGGGCCCGCCCGCCCCAGCCCAGAACAUCCCGUCCUGUCCCACCUCUCGCGCUGGCGCCGGCUCCAUCCCCUUCUCCCCGGGCCGGCGCCGCGCCCCCGCCAGCCCCGCGGAGCCGGGUUGGGCAGCCCGGGAGGCGUCUCCUCUGCAGCCCCCGCCCCCCCGCGCCGGUGCUGAAGCGCCUCGGCCGCUCCCCGGCAGCACCCCCGGGACAGCAGCACCCGGGCCUCCCUCCCUGCUGCCCGGCCCGGGCUCUCCCGCCGCUACUCCGCUGCAGAGGACACCUCAUGGAAAAUAAAUAAAUUAAUUCCCCCACUCACCCCCGCGGCCGGGAGAGGAGCCGGCGGCGGCCGCGGGAUUAGAUCCAGUCCGAGCUAGAGACCAGUCUAGUUGGAGAAGAGUCAGAGACCAAAAAUGCCACCUGCAACAGGAGCACCAGAUUACCCACCUCCUGAUGGAGGCUGGGGAUGGGUUGUGGUCUUCGGGGCUUUUAUCUCCAUUGGAUUUUCUUACGCCUUCCCCAAAGCUAUCACAGUGUUCUUCAAAGAAAUACAAGAGAUCUUCCACACAUCAUAUAGUGAGAUAGCUUGGAUAUCAUCGAUAAUGUUGGCUGUCAUGUAUGCAGGAGGUCCCAUAAGCAGCAUUUUGGUGAAUAAGUAUGGUAGCCGGCCUGUGAUGAUAGCAGGGGGUAUCCUCUGUUCUUUUGGAAUGAUUGCAUCCUCUUUCUGCAAUAGUGUCCUUGAGCUGUAUAUAUGUAUCGGUGUGGUUGGAGGUCUGGGUUUAGCAUUCAACUUACAGCCUGCCUUGACCAUGAUUGGCAAGUAUUUCUAUAAGAAGCGUCCCAUCGCUAAUGGAUUGGCAAUGGCUGGAAGUCCGGUGUUUCUGAGCACAUUGGCACCUCUCAAUCAAUUCCUCUUUAAUGCUUUUGGCUGGAAAGGAAGCUUUCUUAUUCUGGGAGGACUUCUUUUGAACUGCUGUGUGGCUGGGUCACUUAUGAGACCUGUUGGACCAAAAAAAGUUCCUCCUGUGAAAAAAGAUGUUGAAAAAGGCACAGGAGAUUCUGCCUUGCACAAAAACAACAAGAAGUCUUGUUGGCAAACUAUGAAUAAGUAUCUAGAUCUGUCCCUUUUCAAACACAGAGGGUUUCUGAUAUAUCUGUCAGGAAAUGUCAUUAUGUUUAUUGGUUUCUUUGCUCCGAUAGUGUUCUUGGCUCCUUAUGCCAAGCACAAGGGAAUUGAUGAAUAUUCUGCUGCUUUUUUGCUCUCUAUCUUAGCCUUUGUAGACAUGUUUGCUAGGCCUUCCAUGGGACUUGUAGCAAACUCCAGGUUUAUCCGGCCAAAGAUCCAGUAUUUUUUUAGUUUUGCUGUCUUGUACAAUGGUGUCUGUCAUAUCUUGUGCCCUCUGGCAAAAAAUUACACUGGCUUGGUGAUAUAUGCUGUAUUUUUUGGGUUUGCAUUUGGAAUGGUUAGCAGUGUUCUUUUUGAGACAUUGAUGGACCUUGUUGGAGCUGCCAGAUUUUCCAGUGCGGUGGGACUUGUCACCAUUGUGGAAUGUUGCCCUGUGCUCAUAGGCCCUCCUCUAGGAGGUUGGUUAGUAGAUGUUACUGGUGAAUAUCAGUACAUGUAUUUUGUCUGCGGAGUGAUUGUGACUGUGGCCAGUAUCUGGUUGUUCAUUGGCAAUGCCAUCAACUACAGGCUUUUGGCAAAAGAAAAGAAGUUAGAAGAUGAGAAACAGAAAGCACAGAAGAAUGCUGACCCAAAGGAAGCAGAACCAUUAACAAACAAUGAGAACGAAGAUGCUUCCAGCAGAGCUGAUAAAGCUGUUGAAGAUCCAUCAGAAAGAGAAACCAAUAUUUAGUCUGAAAUUAUAGCUCAGAAGGCAACAUUUAUGACUUCCAUUAGGAAUAUGUCUUCAAGACACAGGCCAGGUUUUGUGGUAAUAAUGAUCAGUCACAAUAUUGGAUGGGAACAGAUUUUUCCCCUAUGGCAAGACUCAAAGCUAAAUUACUAUCUACAGUUUAUUUGUUUCAGUGAUAAAAAAUUAUGAUUACAGAGCUAGUGACUCAAUGCAAAUGAGUCCAUUAAAUUUUGACUCUGGACGAUCAAGAGUCAGACAAACCAGGCUAUAAAGCCUUCCUGUGACAAACAGUUUUGUUUCAGAAGGGUAUCUGGUGCAAAAGUAUCUCCUACUCUUAUUUGGGAAGAUACUUGCAUUCAUCUUUAUGAUGUGGUUAAAGUCUAUUGAAAUAAUCUGCCCAAAUUCUACUUACCAUUAAUAUUAAAGAGAAGAUAAAGUCAAAGAUUUGUUUCAAAAGAGACAUAAUACCUGACCAUAGCACACUGAAACAUUCUUCUCUUUUGUACACCCACUACAUAAAAAUAUGGCUGCAUAAGCAAUUAUGGAUAUAAAAGUUAAGUAUAGGAGACAAAUAAUUGGUGAACACACCUCUAAAAUGCAAUUAAAAGCUGAUUUACAAUAUAUUCCAGAAGUAGUUUCCUCCAGUUAUAGCUGAUUACAUAGUACUUCAACAUAUACAUUUGAAUUCAAAGUAUGUUCACACCUUGCUAAUUCAAGCUAGCUAAAAUCUGCCUGUACAUAAAAGGUUUAAACUCAAGAUUUGCAUUUCUAACAAGAGUGGCAAUCAGUUUGUUGACUGUGUAUUCCUCUGUAGCUGAAGGUUCUGGAUCAGACUGUGAAGCCAUUUUCCUAAAGGGACUGGAUUCAUAAUCUGCUGAUGUUAAAAGGAUACUAACCCUUGGCUUUUGUGGCCUUAAUGAGUUUCAUGACAAUGACUUCAAAGUAGAUGCUUGGCUUUAUUGACAAGUCGUUAGUUUGAUGGUUUCUUGAGAGGAGACUGAAGAUCUAACUUCAGAUCUUUGCAGAUGGGUAGCUUCCCAGUUCCCACUUCCCUUUCCCAGGAAUUUAGUGAAAAGCUACUUCUUUUUUUGUAUUGCUGCUUUGAGCAAAAAUGCUGCAAGGCACCUUGACAAUGCCAGUCUGGAAGCUUUGUAUUGACACAUCAGUUUUAUGCAGGAUGUUUAGUCUUGUGUCUACAAUUUCAUGCAGACCAUCAUAUAAAUUAAAAUGUACACAAUUGUUCCUCUUCCUUUAGACAAAACAAGGCAUAAACCUACAAUUUACUUUACACAAAUCAUUUAAUACUGCAUUUGAAAGAUAAAAGUGCAAGCUUCUGAAGAUAAUAUGUGAAACUAUUUCUGUUCUAUUUCUAAGUAAGGAAAGGUGCUAUUCAUUUUGGAGGGAUGCUUGUAAAUGCCUCAAAAAUUGUGAAAAUUAAGGGUCUGAUUCAUAAAACAUUUAUGCACUGUUUAUGCAGGAUACACCUACACUCAAUUCCAGGAAAAGAAAAUUAUUCAUUUUAAUCCUCUUCUAAAUCUCAAAAAGUUGGAAAUAUAUUGGACAGAGUGAUAAACACUAACUGUGAUAAGCACACUUUGAAGUGCCAAUAACAAAAUUAAAAACUCAAUAGUAAAAUCUAGUAGAUAUGGGAGGGCUUUUAAGUUAUUUCUUAUUAUUUUCAAUAUUAUUUUAAUUUUUCUUCUAAAAAUGUUGAUAGUGCUUGAUUCUGUUUUACUGGUUUAUCAUUUUAUAAAGUUCCACAGUAAUGAUGAUUUUUUAAAAUUUUCUCAUCACUGUUUUGGGGAGAAACAUGAAUUUACUCUCAGCAUGGUACAGAAUUUAAUACCUGCUUUUUACCUAGUUGUAUUCAGGAAAACCAAAUUUCUCCAACAAAUCCUGUAAAAUUUUAGGAGCAUCAGAAUCAAAAUAUAUGCAUUCCAGAGUUUUGAGAUAAAAUAUGGUUGCAUGUUCAGACUCGAGCCAUGUACUUUGAAAAGAGGAAUGAUUCAGCCCCAGUAAAAUUAGAGUUCCUCUCCCAAGCCCAAGCUUCAGAGAGUAAGCAAAAACAUUGCACCUCCCUCUGAACCUUAGCCUUGCCAGCACCCCAUGACAUGAAGCAUUGCUCUUUUUUUGGUUGUACAAACAUAUUGAGUGAAUUCCAGGAGCUGUGAAGGCUUUGUGUGCCCACAGCCAGAAAGGGAUGAAUUUCAUAGAUACUAAGCUUUCAUACAGUAAGGAUUUUCAGUUAUAAAUACUGGAUUGUGAAAGACGAACUGAAAUUUUAGCUGAAGAGUGGUCAUCAGGAAUAUCACUCUGCUCUUGAUAGCCGCUGAUAGAAAUGCAGAGAUUAUUUGAAAAGAGAUUAAUACAGGAACUGAACCAAAAAGUCUGAGGUAAAAUUGUAGGUGCUUAUCGUUACCUCUUUGCAAUAAAGGAGCAUGAUUAAGAAUAAGGGUAGAAUACAAGUGUCAACUUUUGACUGAAGGCUGUUAAAAGUUGCUGUUGAGUAAAUAAAGGAUUCAGAAAAAUGAUGAUAAAAAGAAGUCUCUCAGGAAAUAUGCAGGCAACUUGCCUGUUCUAUGCAGGAUCUCAGAAUACAAAACAACAUGGCAUAGGAAAUAAGGGAAAAACAAAGUUCCUUGAGCCAUAGACACAUCUGACCACUGGCAGCAAAAAUUAUAUCACUAUCUCAGAGAAAUAAAAAUUUCUAUAAACACUCUACAGAGAUGCUACUCUUUUGUUUCUGGUCUAUUAUGUUAAAAGGUAAUAGAACUGCAAGAGCUGCUUUACCACCACUCACCAGUGUGCAGCUUUUGAUCCCAUAAGGCAAAAUGAUGUGGCAGACAACUAGAGCAAUAUAAAGUAAGAAGAGCCAAGUUAAACAUUUCCUUACACCUCUUUCAUUACUCUUUCUCUUAAUAAUAGCAACAAAAUAAAAGCCAUCAGCAUACUCUUGAUACUACUGAAUAUUAAAGAAGUUAAAACCCAGAGAUGAGUGAAGAAAAUUGGAACUGUAUCUAUGCAAAAACUAUCUUGAAUUAAAAACCUGUGUCUUCCAAAUAACGGGUCCUAAAGGGGCAAUUGCCUGGUAUAGGUAGCUAUUAUUUCUAAAUGAAAUUAUAAUAAUAAAUUGCAUUGAAUCAACUUUAUUCUGAACAUCAAAGCAGCGAAAUGAGUAUAACUUGUCUUCAAACCCUGAAUAUCACUCCUACUUGCACUGACCUGUAAUUUGAACUAUAAAUAAUUUCAUCGCUACAUUUCUGCUUUUGAGAUUAGACCUGGGUAUAUAGACAAUUUCUCUGAAUUGCUCUGGUUUCUCUUAAUUACCUCACCCUCAGUUUGAACCACUGAAGGGUUAGCACGGAGCCAUUCCCCUGAUCAGUGAUGAAGAAAUGUACUCCGAAUUUCUAGCACUUGUCUCUUAUGAGCUCUAAGAAUCUGUAGUCUCAGUCAGUGCAAGCAAAUCCUUAAUUGAUCUUGUUCUCAUUUAUACUCAUGUAUACUUCAUUCUUUUAAUUUCUCUACUGCAGUAUUGCUAAGCCUGAUUACCCUUUUUCUCGUCUAGAAAAAAUAAUGCAAAAAUUUUAAAACUAGUAGGAAGAUGGAUAGCAUAAAUAAUAUUUUCCCAAUUUCAUAUCAGGGUUAAAUUUCAAGUUGUUUUAAAGUACACAUCCAGAUACUUCUUUCUCUUUUUUUUUUUUUUUUUUUUUUUGGGGUUUUUUUGGCUUUUGGUUUUUUUGGGUUUUUUUUGUUUUUUUUAUGUCAUAUACUCUAUUAGCUGGAGAAUUCUCCUGUAUUGCCCUUUCCAAUUCCAGAGAAAGACUCUUCACUCAUAAUUCUCAUUACUAUUUCAGGAAUGUAUCAAAAUUUCACCCCUCCCAUCUCUCCCCAUUGAACUGUGGUUGCAAUUGUUAAUUCUGUAUUUCCAUGAAGUUCAGAAAAGCAUCUUUUUAUAUGGAAGACUACAGUGCUUUUAUUUCAGGAGUGUGUUUUGUGAACUGCUGUGACAGAGGUAGGGAAAAUCUUACUUCAUCUUCAAAUACAUUUUUUUAAGUGAUGCUGUCCUUAUUGAGAGGAGGUACAGCUUUACUUACUGGUGAAGUGAAUGGCAGCAAUUUCACUGACAUUGAUGCAAAUUCACAUGCAUUUUAAUGAUCAUGUUGCAUAUCAGCAUCCACUGUGCUUAAAAAACAUUUGGCAAUGUGUACAUGAUUUUUCCUCCCAGAGAAUUCUCAUUCCUUUUAAAUGUUCCCCACCUGCACCCCAUACUUAAUUUUGAUGUAACAAAAAAUUUGGUCGGGGUAUGUAGUGACUUAUCUUUAAUUCUUUCUUGGUUUUUUUUCAUGAAAUGACACAUUUUCCAUGUUGCCAAAUGCAACAUUUUUCACUUCCUUCUUUCAUGUCUGGUUGUGAAUAUUAGUGGAGAGGUACUGGUAUACAUAAGUUAAAGAUACCACAUGCAGCCAGAUUUUGGACUGCUUUGAGGAUUUCACUAAACAAAACCAGUCACCACUUUUAUGGAUGACCAUGCUAUAAAUGACACUGACAAUUUUGCCUAUAACAAAAUUGAACCAGGCAAUUUUUGUUAGUUUCUCUAUAGAUGACUAUUUUUGUACUCACAGAGAGGAAUAUAAAGGGAAUUUUAAAAUAAUUAUUUUCAGAGAUGGCUUUCCAGUUUUAAUAAGACUGUUUGGAAUUUUUGGGGGUGGGUGCACUUCUGAUAUUUUUGCAAAUAUAUAUAUAAUGAAAGUGCUUGCAUGUACUGUCACAUUUUUGAUCAGAAUUUGCAUAAGCAUUGCUGUGUGAUUUCAACAUAAUUUGCAUGUUGUAGUUUUGCAGUUCAAAUUUUUCUCAUCGUCUACCUCUCAGUUGAAGUUUGGAGACUUGCACAACCCUGUAAGAAUAGAGUUAACAAAAUGCAUAAUGGUAAAACCUGUACAGACUAUUGGAAAGUCUCCCAAAUAUUUAAAGCUGCUUACACUUCUGUUUUCAAGGCAGGGCAUAUCUGUGAUCACAUCUUUGUAUCUGUUCACAUAUCUUUAAUCUUAACCCAUACCUAUGAAGUUUUUGCAUCACUGGUCUGGUUUGAAAACUCAAUGUGUCAUUUAGCUAUCCAAAGUCCAAUGAUCUUUCUGUGAGAUGCUGGCUACUAUUCUUUUUUGUUUUCUUGCAAUUUCUGAGUUAGGGAAAUUAGCAAAGUUAAUAUAUCCAAACAGUUUAUAAAAUUAUUACAGAACAUUUUGCAUUUUGCAUCCCUGAAAAAAAAAAAUUGUGUUUCUGGUUUAGAAAUAAUAGCAGAUUUCAGCUUGCUUUUCCUUUUAUGGGGCAGUUGAAGGAAGUACUCACAAAAUAUUAGAUUGGGGUCAAGGAAUGAUGAUUAUUCCUCAUAUGCUCUUUACAAAACCAGAGAUGAUUGUUCCUUCAAAGAUAUUCUUCAAACCAUUCUUGCCUUCUAGGACCUAGUACAUGGUCCACUAAAGCCAACAUAAAAAUACCAAUCAAGGAGCUUUACCAAACAUUUGAGGUGAUGUGGCUUCAGUGGAGAUUUCAGCCUUAUUUUCUCCAUUCCAAAUCUCAGGACCAUCAGAUAUGACACAGCAAACACAGCUGGCAAAUUUUCUAUGCCUGCAUAAUAUUCCUAAUGAAUCAGUCCCUAAAUUAACGCACAAUAUGUAUUAUUUUAGUAGUCUAUGUAAAUAAAUUUUUAAAAAAAUCCCACCAUACACUCUGAAUGUAGAUUAUAAAAUACAGAGGAUAUAUUUGAAUAAGUAUCCAAACAAGUCUGUUAACCCCAAAGGAAAUUAUUUCCUUUCAAGCUUUCUUUGAGCAUUUAUAACCUUCAUUUUUCUUAUUUCCAGAGAAAAUGGUUUAUGUUGUCUGUGAAUGUAUAUAUGGACAUAUAUAAGGGAAUAUAUAUGCAGAUGUGGUAUGUGUGUAUAUAUGUAUUCCCCUAUAUAUAAAACUCUAAUUUAUAUAUAUUAUAUAUAUUUCUGUAUAUAUAAAAUAUAUAUAAUGCUUUAGAGUAAGUUGCAUAUUGUGCCUGAUAAAUGAAACAUAAUUGUAAGCAAAUAAAAAACUUCCACAAAUGACAGAAAAAUUUUAAGUUUUUUUUUGUAAGGCCAUAUGCUAUUUUUCAGUUUCUGCUAGAUUUAUUUUUAGUAGAAAUUAAUUGAAAUGCUGCAGUAUUACAUAACACUGGUUUCCAACCAUGACUCAGUUGAAAGCAGCCCAAGAUCACUGAGAAUGUUCAUUGAGGUAGAUGGCAAAACCUACAUUGUUGGUGAACUUGUUGGUGGGGUGUCAUUGCUGUGGAAAUAUUAACUAAAUGAUCUCUGAACAACUGCAACCAAUAUACUGAGUUUUCAGCUAAUGUGAUAUGUAUGACCAGUUCAUACAAAAUAUUGGUGGACAUGAUAUUUUUUGGAACAAGUAUGGAAAGUGAGAAUACUCAAGCCCCUGUAAACAAUAUUCCUGUUAGAUUAAUAUGUGAAAUUCUCCAGAAUAUUAGUCAUUAAAAACGCUGACAAUAUAUCAUACCUUUUGCAAGUUUUGGUGGUUUCAAUUGGUCUGCAAGUAGGCAAGCCCAUGAAAAGUCUACAUUUGGCUCUCACUCUUUAAAACAGUUAUACCUUAAAAUUGCUGGGAGAUUUUUCAGAGUGGUACAUAAGUAAUUUACAUAAAUUCACUUCCUCGAAGAGUGAUACAGCUGCAUUUUCCACUUACAGCCUACUUGGAAAGUUCACCGUAUCUGCAGUUUAUCAACAGAACCUGGUAUUGCUAUGCAAUAAUUAAACAUGCAGUAACCACUGUUGUUGACUAAUAAAGUUGUUUCUUCCUUUCUGUAUUUUGCAAUACUGUAUGGUUUUUACUUGAAUAAAUUGGCUAGAUUUUUUUUGACAAUCAUUUAUUAGCUAGAGGUGCUAUUUAUUUUCCAAAGAGAUAUGAGUGAAUGAUAACUUUCUAGAUGCCAAAUCUUUUUUUUGACCUGAAAAAAUUCAUUGUUCAUAAUGUAUAUUAACCCUGUAAAGUGCUUAUGCAUUGCAUUAAAUUGUAUUUAAAUGCAUUUUUGUUCAUUAACUUCUAUUCCAGGCUUGUACUACUGUGUAAUAUGUCGUUUGUCCAUAUAUAUUUAUGGGAAAUUACAAUGAAAAUUGUGUAUAAUAAGCAAUUGGGAGAAAAAAAGAAAAAUUAAAAUAAAAUUUCCAUGUAAAGUUUUUCUGAAAGGAUGCAAAUUCUAUUUCUUAGGCUCCUUAAUAGUAUAUUAUUUACACCUUCAGAAUGUGCAAAUAUUCAUAGAUGGAUUCACUAUUCAGUUGUAGCAGAGGACUCAAAGUCAUUUCUUGUUGCAUACAGAAACAGAACUUCAAGAUUUCCUGUGGAGAAAAGCUACUGCUAGUAGCAGAACAUUGUACCAACCCCUUGCUAUUCCUAAUUUCACCAUCUGGACACCAGGGAUUCUUUUCCCCAUUACUUGGACUUGGAUUUCGUGCUAUAUUCCUUGUGCAUGGAAUGUUAUUCCUUAGUCACCAAUACUCAUUUUGCUACAGAAGAGGAAUUUAUCCAUGUGUCUUGAAAUAGUGUAUGUAGAUAAGUCUUACUUUGUAUCCUCUGAAUAUUGUCUGUUCCUAUGUUUUUGUAAAUUGACUUCACUCUAUGAUUUCUUGCCCCAGUUAAAUUGUUAUUUACAGAAUGUGAUUGGAUAAUUAAAAUUAAGAUAUUGGGGGGUGUUAGAGACAGUAUUAAGAUACACCUUUGCGUACUACCUACACACUUUUUAGAUAGAUGCACAGUAGGCUACUAGAAAACAAAGAUAUAAAAGAUGAACUAUUGAAUAAGAAUGAAAUAACUUUAUCGAAGCAAAUGGUCGUUAUAUUUCUAACAACUGUAAAAUCUAUUUUCAAAGAAUUAUACAUAUAACCUUCAUGAUACAGAAGUGCUGAUUCAGCUACCGAAAUAUAUUUCAAUAUUGUUUAGAUUAUGGACCCCUGUAAUACUUGCAUAUCUGACUGUUUUAAUAAUCAUAAAAAUCCAUUUUCAGGCAUUGACCAAGCUAAAGACCAAAAAAAAAAGUUAAAAAUAUCUAGUAGUAAAAUUGUCCUUUUGAAACAAUGAACAAGAUAUGAUAUUUAACCCUGCUCAGAGACACAGCUGAUAUCACUUUUGGGCCUAAGGAUGUGUUGCCUCACUGAAUCUAAUUGCAUUACUAAAAUACAUUGCUGAAAAAUAGAUGCUGAUUUCAGAAAAAUCAUUCCUAUUACUGAGGUUUUGUAUUUUGAUAGUGUAGUGGCAAGAUAAAUGGAGACCUCAGUCUGUAGUUUGUUUCUAAUAUUAGCUGUUACUGUUUUGAAACAAAUGUUAUUUUAUUCUAGUAAUGACCCCUUUUAACUCUGCUGGUUACUCCAAGUUGAGUAAAUAGAUUGCAUUUGCCAUUGCAGCUCAACAUUAAUAGCUUCCACAGUUUUAUUCCUCUGUUUUUGAGGACUUCAAAAACAUUAUCAUUCACUGAAGUUCCUAAUCUAUAACAUGCAGUCAACCCUGAACUUGUGUGGGAUCUGCUGUGCCAGCUGGUUCCCUGAAAGUGGGACCUGAUGGGAUUAAUCUGAGAAGUGCUGGCAGAUGUUGUUGCAAGACCUCUAGCAAUUGUUUUUCAAAUGUCUUGGGAAUCUGAAGAGGACACAGGUGACUGGGAGCUGGCAAGCAUCUGCAUUUGCCAUAGCACAUUGUGUCUUGCUUCCUCUUCUUACAUUAUGGAUAGAGAUCAGAGGUACCAGCAUUGUUUUUUAAAUAUAAAAAACAUAAGUCAAAGGAAAUGAAGUGAUAUAUAUAUAUGGUGUAUUAACAUAAUUGGUGAUUGUGACUCACGGGUUGAAUAAGUAGUUCCGUUUCAUUAGGUGACUUCUAAUUACCCAUGCCUGGUGACAUCCAACUGUAAGUCUGUCUUAGUUAAAAUACAUCCAUUCUCUGAAGGCCUAUUUUUGUCAUGGAAGCUUCUUACAGCAUCCUAUUGUAUAACAUAAUGAUGUUCUCACCUCAAAACUUGCAUGUGAGAAUAUGAUGCUGUUAAUUUUUUACUAGCAUGACACCUCAGUCUUGCUGAUUUUUCUGUACAAAGGAACUCGUGACCUAAUCCAAAGUUUCCCUUUUUUUCUCACGAGAUAUAAAAUAAAGAUGAUACACCUGAACAAAAUCCAGGUGAAACACUGAGUCAGACUUCUAUUUUUAGGACAUUUUACCCACUUUUUAUCAGUGCAAAUGGAUCUUAAAACAUCUGGGACUGUGCUGUCUUGAAUUCAGUUUAAAAUUUUAUAAUCACAGAUUUCAUGUAUUGUUUGAAAAUUACCUCGUAUCAAUAUUUCACAUUAAUACAUGAGAAUUUAAAGUAAUUCAUCAAAAAUAAUACUCAGAUUAUUUUUUUUUCUGGGAUUUAGUCAGAAUUCAGAGUAAAUGGGCCUGGAAGGUAAUUAAGUUACUUCCCUUCUUUCAUAAGUUCUUCUCCUCCUAACUUUGACACUGAUCAUGAUCAUGCAAACAUGAAUCAAUGAUUAAUGUUUUAAACAUUGCUAAGAUCAUUGAAGUGCCUUUGUCCACUGUAGGGGCUACUGACCACUGAAGGCCACCCCUCCCCAAAUAUGCCUUCGGACAGGAAUUUGGACUCUGAUGGGAGCUUGAGAUAAGAUAAAGGUGGCACUUUUGUCCAAAUAUCUCAGGUCUAAGGAGAAGUGAACAAGGCUGAGGGAGAAGAAUGAAUUCACAAGGGAAGCCAAACUCAGCAGCUGUGCUGAAAAUCAUCUCUGCCUGGGUUCAUGGUGGGAGAGGCCACAGCCCACAGGCUCAUCUGCUGAGGCCAGGUUUGUACACACUCACCCUGCUGCCCAGGCAGAGGAGGAGAGUUUUUGGGGGUGUGACAUAAGCAGUGAACACCCAUAUACAAACUGUCUCAGCUGUAAAAUCUCCCAACAACAACAGUAAGGGGAAAAAAAAAAAAACAAACCAAACCAACAAAACACAAAAAUCUUUUUUUCCAACUGUUUGGACCUUAUAUGAUAAAAAGGACCUCUGAGAAAUUUCUCAGAAAUUAUGAGGUCUCCAUAAAGAAAAAUUAAUCAAAAUGUAUGCCCAGAGGAGAUACUGCUCAGCAUUUGCUGAUAUCAUCCAAUAAAUCUUCUAAAUAUUAUUUCAAUUUAAGAUCAGAUUAGAUUUUAUUGCCUGGAAAUUGUCAGUUUUAAUUUGAGUGCUUUUAAGAGUGAUAUCUAUACAAGGAUUUAUUUUGUUUCAUUAAAAAACACCUAUGAAUUUUCUUUCUUUUAUGUGUUUCUUUUUUCGAGAAUUUAAUUAUAAUUUUUUACCCCUGGAAAUUGUGUAAACAUAGUUAAUCAAGCAAUAUAUGUUUAUAUAUAUAUAAAAACUGUGACAGCAGAAUAAUUUUCAUGCCUUGUAUAUCAGCUAUAUAGAGUUGAAGUCAAUUCUUACUACUGUUCCUACUUCCCCUUCAUAUAAUUUUUCAUGAGCUGGAAAUGUGCAAGUCUAUUUGAACACUUUAAUGUUUAUGAAAUUGGAGUGGAAAAUUUGCUAAAGCUGCUUUACUUAUUUCUUAAUUUAAGACAAGCAGAAGUUCAUCAGCACAAUCUGUUUAUGUUUUAUCAUCCUCAUGAAAGUUCAUGAAGACCUACAAACUACACAAGUAUUUAAUUAAACUUUUAUAUGGCAUUAAAUUCUCAGCACAAAAUUAAUGUGAAAUAUUUGGGGAAAUGUGUUAUGAAAACAUAAUAAAACUCUCAAAGAUUU